GGGAAGGUGAGUGGGCGCGGGCGGCGGCGGCGGCUCCGGGCGCCCGGGACCAGCCCAGUCCGAGCUCGUGCGCUGUACUCCGCGGUGCAGCCCUGCCCAGCCGGGCCGCGCGGCCCUUGCAGCCGCCGCUCGCCGUGACCUUGGCCUCGGGCCAGGCCCGGGGAGCGGGGUGGGCUCCUGAGGGUCGCGGGGCAGCAGCGGACCGCCCCGCCCAGCGGCCCUGGCGAUCGCGGGUGUCCGUUCGCAGGGCGCCCUUCCCAGGCACCCAGUGACGGCAGCUGUCGUCAUCCCCACUCUGCAGAUGGGAAACUGAGGCCCGGAGGUCCCGCCGCUCGGGAGCGUGGAGCCGCCGGACUCCAGCGCCGCACCGCCGGGCGGACGCGCUCUGUGCCGAGCUCCCGGCGAUCGGGUCCGCUCCCACGGGGCUGGGAACAGAGGGGCAGAGGAUGCUUCUUCCCCCAAGCCGCUGGCAGGAGUGCCCCUCCCCCUUCAGCCUGGAUCUCAGAGUUUGUGCGUCCCUGGGGGUGGGUGAAGGGGCGUCCACCCUGUGGUGGCCGCCUCCGCUCAGUCCUGGGGGCCAAGCCAGGGUCGGGGUGAUCCAGCAGGCCCUUUUACCAGAUGUCCCCAGUCCCAGGUGUGACACCUUCAGCAGGUCUCAGGGAAGAUGGCAGCCCUAGGGGACAUUCAGGAGUCCCCUUCUGUCCCGUCCCCUGUCAGUCUCUCAUCACCGGGGACACCUGGAGCCCAGCACCACGAGCCUCAGCUUCACCUCCAUGGGCAUCAACAUGGCUCCCCUGGCUCCAGCCGUAAGGUGCUCUCCCAGCCUUCUGACCUGGAUCUCCAAGACGUAGAGGAGGUGGAGACCGGCAGAGACACCUUCUGGCCCGACUCCGAGCCCGAGCCGGAGCAGGCUCCACGCUCUCCCGGCUCUCAGGCCCCUGACGAGGGGGCGGGCGGGGCGCUGCGCAGCCUCCUGAGGAGCCUUCCCCGCAGGGCCCGGUGCGGCGCCGGCUUCGGGCCCGAAUCCAGCGCGGAGCGGCCGGCGGGCCAGCCGCCUGGGGCCGUCCCUUGCGCCCAGCCGCGGGGCGCCUGGCGCGUGACGCUUGUGCAGCAAGCAGCGGCCGGGCCCGAGGGUGCGCCCGAGCGGGCCGCCGAGCUGGGAGUCAACUUCGGUCGGAGCCGGCAGGGCAGCGCGCGGGGGGCCAAGCCGCACAGGUGCGAGGCCUGCGGCAAGAGUUUCAAGUAUAACUCGCUGCUACUGAAGCACCAGCGCAUCCACACGGGCGAGAAGCCCUACGCCUGCCACGAGUGCGGCAAGCGCUUCCGCGGCUGGUCGGGCUUCAUCCAGCACCACCGCAUCCACACGGGCGAGAAGCCCUACGAGUGCGGCCAGUGCGGCCGCGCCUUCAGCCACAGCUCGCACUUCACGCAGCACCUGCGCAUCCACAACGGCGAGAAGCCCUACAAGUGCGGAGAGUGCGGCCAGGCUUUCAGCCAGAGCUCCAACCUGGUGCGCCACCAGCGGCUGCACACGGGUGAGAAGCCCUACGCCUGCAGCCAGUGCGGCAAGGCCUUCAUCUGGAGCUCCGUGCUCAUCGAGCACCAGCGCAUCCACACUGGCGAGAAGCCCUACGAGUGCGCCGACUGCGGCAAAGCCUUCCGCGGCCGCUCGCACUUCUUCCGGCACCUGCGGACCCACACGGGCGAGAAGCCCUUCGCGUGCGGCGCCUGCGGCAAGGCCUUCGGCCAGAGCUCCCAGCUCAUCCAGCACCAGCGAGUGCACUACCGCGAGUAGCCGGGCGGGGGCUCGGGGCUCGGCCUCCUACCUGCCCCCCACCCACCCCCCCCGGUGGGCACUGCCCAGCACCGCAUGCCACGUGUCCGGAAUAAAUUCUUUUUGAUUGUUGGAA